AAAAAAUUAUCAAAUUACACAAUUUUGUGCAAAUACAAACUGUUAAUAAAACAUGGAAUCAAGAUUACCAAAACCAUCGGCUUUGAAACGGCCGAUGCCACUAACAAAAACUAUAUUACCAAUGGAUAGAAUAAAAACAACAGGAUUUGGAAGUAAAGGUUCACAACUACUAAGUAACAGCACAGCAUCGUUGUACACAUUUCAACCAUUAACAAGAGAUUUAACUAAUGUACAAAAUGUUACCAAUCCAAGAGAACGUGCUGCAUCACCUGAAGCUGUAAGAACAAAUACUCAUGCUCGAGCGAAAUUAAGACGAAGUCGCUCAGCGUGCGAUAUACGUGAUAUGAGACCCAUGAAACGUAUGGACUCUACUUUAGCUCCUAUUCCCGCCAAAGCAUCUCGUCUUAUGUCUACAACCACAACCGGUGCCAAUUCCAAUAGGCCCCCACGUAUAGCAUCAAACAAUAAUAAUACAAUUGGCGGAACCAACACAAAUAACACAGUAAAACGUACAGUUGGACAAACAGCUAGACCAGUAGCAGUACGUACCACGGCACAGGCAAGUGGUGCAAAGAAAACAACUGCGGCUGCUACAAGCUCGGCCACAUCUGUUUCGACAACGGGUGCAGGAAAACCCAUUAAUAAACGUAUUCCUCCGUAUGAUUUUAAAGCCCGUUACAAUGAUUUGCUCGAAAAAUACAAGGCCCUAAAGGAGAAGUUCGAAGAUAAAUGCGAACAAUUCGGAACUUUAGAGAGCCUGCCUGAGCAGUUAGAAGAUACACAAAAUCAGCUUAUUACCACUCAAAAUGAAUUAAAACAUACACAAACAAUAAAAGGAUGCUUAGAAGGUCAAGUUAAAUUGCAACGAGAACAGAUUGAAUCAGCUGAAGCUAGCCUAAGUAAAACUACAGAGGAACUGGAUAAAUUGACAAAGGUUUAUAAUAAAUUAAAACAAGAACAUGCUGAAAUAAGUACGGAAGUGUUUGAAUUACGUGAACGUUCCACAGAUUUGGCAGAAAAAAAUUCAGCUCUUUUGGAAGAGAUUGAAGUAUGCAAAGAACAGCUGUUUCGAUCAAACAUGGAACGUAAGGAACUGCACAACACAGUUAUGGAUUUGCGCGGUAAUAUUCGGGUAUUCUGUAGGGUACGUCCACCACUAGAUUGCGAACUGGAAAAACAAUUAUGUGGUUGGAAUUAUCUGGACGAAGCUACGGUCGAAAUCGUCAAUUACGAUAAAAAUAAAACUAACGCUCAUACGUUCAGUUUUGAUCAAGUAUUUCAUCCUGUCUCCGCUCAGCAAUCCAUUUUCGAAAUGGUAUCACCUCUAAUACAGUCCGCUUUGGACGGUUACAAUAUUUGUAUUUUUGCAUAUGGACAAACUGGUAGUGGUAAAACAUAUACUAUGGAUGGUAUAUCUAGUAAUCCGGGUGUUAUACCGCGAACGGUUGAUCUGCUAUUUGAUUCCAUUAAAAACUACCGUCAUUUAGGCUGGGAAUACGAAAUCAAAGUAACAUUUUUGGAAAUAUACAAUGAAGUUUUAUACGAUUUGUUGAGCAACGAACAAAAGGAUAUGGAAAUCCGUAUGGCUAAAAAUAAUAAAAACGAUAUUUACGUAUCAAAUAUUACACAAGAGACGGUGGAGACAGCAUCGCGUUUGCGCCAACUAAUGGAUAUAGCAAAAAUGAAUCGUGCCACUGCUGCCACGGUGGGUAAUGAAAGAUCAUCACGUUCGCAUGCGGUGACUAAGAUUGAAUUGAUUGGUAGACAUGCCGAAAGACAAGAAAUUUCUAUUGGCUCAAUUAAUCUGGUUGAUUUGGCUGGUUCUGAGUCACCCAAAACCAGCACUCGAAUGAAUGAAACAAAAAAUAUUAACAGAUCUUUGUCUGAACUGACAAAUGUUAUAUUGGCCCUAUUACAAAAACAGGAUCAUAUACCAUAUCGCAAUUCGAAACUCACUCAUCUCCUAAUGCCAUCAUUGGGCGGCAAUUCAAAAACACUUAUGUUUAUAAAUGUAGCUCCGUUUCAGGAUUGUUUUGUUGAGUCUUUGAAAUCGUUACGGUUUGCAGCCACCGUUAAUCAAUGUAAAAUGGCCAAAGCCAAACGUAAUCGUAUUUUAAAUACCUCUUCCCUAGCAAAUAGUAGUAGUAGUACGAUUAGUAAUUAGUUUUACAUGUGUAUUUAUUAUUAUUUUUUAUUAUUUCCUUUUUAAAUAAUUCAUCAACAAGGCAUUUCUUUAAAAAAAUAUAUAGAUUCAUUUAUGUUAGAAUUCAUUAAUAUUUCUUAACAUUUCUUUAAUCGAUAUCCAGUGUAUGUAUAUUUUUUUUAUUAAUUUAUUUAUGUUUGGUUUUUUAUGUUCAAAAAUUCCAUCUUUUAUAUGCUAUUUUUUUAAAAUAAAAUCGUGAACUUGUUAAGAA